AUGAGCUCUCAUGGUCAGGGCCUCGAUUAUGUGAAGCUCAUCUCCGGAUGGGUCAAAGAUGACUGGACUGGAUUUCGGGAUCGAUCUUCCUUCGAAUCGACCGGGGUUACUGUUGUACUCACGGAGCUUGUCGACGUUAAAGUUGUUCGACAUGUGCCUCAUGUUGCGCGGUAA